GAGAAUCUAGGUUGAGACUCUAUGUUAUCAUUACUUGACCUCUCCCGUUCAGAUCUAUUGAGCGGAAUCCACAUCCGCUUCAGACAUUCAAUGACUUUAACGAAAUAACGAAAUUCAGUUCCAAAUUCAUUUUGUUGGCGGGCAGUCGAAACAUUUAAAAUGGUCAGAAUAAAAUUUAACGGAGUUUUGUUACUGAUGGUCCUUCAAAUAUUCUUGGUGGCUACAACAACUGGAGAUGAAACGUGUGAAUCAGACCGAAGAUUGGAAGAACAGUGCCGGUUUCAUAACUACAAGACUGUUAAACCUUUGCUCGACUAUUUCAGGCAGGUUAGAAAUGAGUUAGAUCAAAGUGAAACUAAGGAAAAGCAGAUAAGUGAAUUAAAUUCUGAUCUUAUGGAAAAAUAUCAUGAAAUUGUAAGAAUUCAUGAAACAUUCAAGAAGGAGGCAGAUCUAUUAAAUGAGUAUAAAAACAAAGUAAUCAAUGGGGAAAACGAUUUGCAAUUGUGUCAAAAUAAAGUUGAUAAAUCUGAAUCUGAAAUUAAUUCAAAACAAAAUAUUAUUCUUAAAUUAGAAGAACAACUAUCAGAUAAAUCCACCAACAUAGAAAAUUGUCAAGUUCAAUUAAAAUCUCUUAAUUCUAGUUUAAUUGAAAAAGAUGAAAAUAUAAAAGCUCUUAAUUCUAGAUUAAUUGAAAAAAAUGAAAAUAUAAAGAGAUUGAGUGAGAAUAUUAAAAAUAACAAAGAACAUCAGAAAACACUUGAGUUGGAAUUAGAGAAGAGUAAAUCUAUAUUAGUAAAGCAUGAAAAAGAUAUUCAGUUAUGUCGUUCAGAAAACAACAAAUUAAAUAGGACAUCAGAGAACAAUAGAGAAGAACAGAAAAAGAUUCAAUUGAAAUUAAAUGAAAGUGAAACUAAGUUAACAGAUAAAGUAAAGGAAAAUCAGUUAUGUCAAUCUGAACUUGAUAAAUUAACUCCCACAACAUGUCUCCCUUUCGGAAAAUAUCCAGGAGUUCAUGAACUCAUUGUUUCUGGCAUAGGUUUAUUCAAUGUUUUGUGCGAUAGUCAGUUAGCUGGACCUGGAUGGAUUGUAAUACAACAACGAGUUGGGGGAAAUGAGAAUUUCAAUAGGGAUUGGGCAACGUAUCGCAAAGGUUUCGGUUCUUUUAAAAGUGAUUUCUUUCUUGGAUUAGAGAAAUUACAUCGUAUCACGAGCUUGCAGCGUUUCGAACUUUACAUACAUUUGGCUGCUCGGAAUGGAAGUACCUACAACGCUCGUUAUGACAACUUCAAAAUAUCCGAUGAAGAUAAUGGAUAUGCACUGAGUUUGGGUAAAUUCAAAGGAACUAUUGUGGAUGGCAUAGGAUACUUUGAAAACAUGAAAUUCACAACAUUCGAUCAUGACAACGACAAAGAUGAUAAUGUUAAUUGCGCAGCCUGGUAUGAAAGUGGCUGGUGGUACAAAUUUUGUUCUAAUUGUCAUUUAAAUAAAAUAUAUGAAGAUCUAUAUUGGUAUCACUUUAGCUACAUUUCACUUAAAGAAGUUAAGAUGCUCAUUCGCCCCAAAGAAGAGAUGAAGAUAUGAUAAACUGAAAAGCUGAAAUUCCCAUAUUUGACUCAAUUAUGUAAUCAUUUUAUUGGUGCAUUAAGAAAUUGCAUUCUGAAAAAUAAAACGAUCGACUAUUCAAUGCAGCGAUUUA